CACAGUUCAGCUUCAGUUCGACGCAGACGCGCUGAAAUCGAAGCGGCCAUGUGCAAUAGAAGACCGACCGGUGAUGUAGCACGAAUAAUUUUGAGGUUUUCUCAAAAUAUUUGGAGCAAAUAAAGCCAUCAAUUAUUAGAGCAAACUCAAGAUGCACUUGUACAAUUUGACCCUUCAAAGGGCCACGGCGAUCUCCCACGCCGUGCACGGCAACUUUUCCGGGACGAAAACCCAGGAAAUCGUCAUAUCACGUGGCAAAAGCAUAGAACUGUUGAGACCCGACCCAAACACCGGCAAAGUGCACACACUACUUACGGUCGAAAUUUUCGGCAUCGUAAGGUCACUGAUGUCAUUCAGAUUAACAGGCGGCACAAAAGAUUACGUCGUCAUCGGUUCGGAUUCCGGCAGGAUAGUAAUUCUGGAGUACUUGCCGGCCAAAAACAUGUUCGAGAAAGUCCAUCAGGAAACCUUCGGCAAAUCGGGCGGAAGAAGGAUCGUGCCCGGGCAGUAUUUGGCUACGGAUCCCAGAGGCAGGGCUGUGAUGGUCGGCGCAAUUGAGAAACAAAAGCUGGCGUACAUCCUUAACAGGGAUGCCCAGGCCAGACUGACCAUCUCCUCGCCUCUUGAGGCUCACAAAAGUAACACGUUAGUGUAUCACAUGGUCGGCGUUGAUGUGGGGUAUGACAACCCCAUGUUUGCCUGUCUGGAAAUUGAUUACGAGGAGGCAGACUCGGAUCCAACAGGUGAGGCUGCACAAAAAACUCAACAGACACUUACGUUCUAUGAGUUGGAUCUUGGAGUUAACCACGUGGUUAGGAAGUACUCUGAGCCUUUGGAAGAACAUGCCAAUUUCUUAGUCACAGUGCCUGGUGGUGAUGAUGGACCAUCAGGAGUACUGAUUUGUUCUGAAAACUAUCUCACUUACAAAAACCUCGGUGACCAACAUGACAUUCGUUGUCCCAUUCCGAGGAGGCGUAAUGAUCUGGAUGAUCCAGAAAGAGGAAUGAUUUUUGUUUGCUCAGCCACCCACAAAACAAAGUCCAUGUUCUUCUUCCUUGCCCAAACUGAACAAGGAGAUAUAUUCAAAAUUACGUUGGAGACUGAAGACGAUAUGGUCACCGAAAUUAAAUUGAAAUACUUUGACACAGUCCCAGUGGCGACUGCCAUGUGUGUCCUCAAGACUGGAUUUUUAUUCGUUGCUUCAGAAUUUGGUAACCAUUAUUUAUAUCAAAUAGCCCACCUCGGUGACGACGACGACGAGCUGGAGUUCAGUUCGGCGAUGCCCCUGGAAGAAGGCGACACGUUCUUCUUCGCACCGAGGCCGCUGCGUAAUCUGGUCCUGGUCGACGAGAUGGAGUCGUUGUCGCCGAUAUUGUCGUCGCGGGUCGCCGACUUGGCUGGCGAGGACACGCCCCAGUUGUACAUGCUGUGCGGCAGAGGUCCAAGGUCGUCGCUGCGCGUGCUCAGACACGGUCUCGAGGUCUCCGAGAUGGCCGUGUCGGAAUUGCCCGGCAACCCGAACGCCGUGUGGACCGUGAAACGGAGAAGCGAUGAUGAGUAUGACGCCUACAUUAUUGUGUCAUUCAAAAAUGCCACGUUGGUUUUAUCUAUUGGAGAAACUGUGGAAGAAGUAACAGACAGUGGUUUCUUAGGAACCACACCUACUUUAUCCUGUUCAGCUUUAAAUGAUGAUGCCCUUGUACAGGUAUAUCCUGAUGGAAUAAGACACAUAUGUUCUGAUAAACGUGUUAACGAAUGGAAAGCUGGAAAGAAAACUAUAGUAAAAUGUGCUGUGAACCAAAGACAAGUUGUGAUUGCUCUAACUGGGGGAGAACUAGUUUAUUUUGAGAUGGAUCCUACUGGCCAGUUACACGAGUACAAAGAACGAAAAAGAAUGAAUUCGGACGUGGUGUGCAUGGCACUGGCAAACGUGCCCCAGGGUGAACAACGAUCAUGGUUUUUGGCGGUCGGAUUAGCGGACAGUACCGUGAGGAUUAUAUCCCUGGAUCCAAGUGACUGUUUGGCGCCUAGAUCGAUGCAACCGUUGCCGGUGUGUGCCGAAUCGUUGUGCAUUGUAGAAAUGGGAUGCACCGACAGAGAUCCCGACAACGCUGCCGCCGCCAGUACCACAAGUACCCUAUAUUUGAACAUUGGUCUUCAGAAUGGUGCCCUAUUGAGGACAGUAUUAGAUCCUGUUACUGGAGACUUAACUGAUACAAGAACCAGGUAUCUUGGUUCUAGACCUGUUAAGCUGUUUAGGAUACGAAUGCAACAAUCUGAGGCCGUUUUGGCAAUGAGCAGCCGAUCCUGGCUUAGCUACUACUAUCAAAGUCGCUUCUAUUUGACGCCUCUUUCUUAUGAAAGUCUCGAAUAUGCAUCCGGCUUUAGUUCGGAACAGUGCCCUGAGGGAAUUGUUGCGAUUUCAACCAACACCCUCAGGAUUUUGGCCUUGGAAAAAUUGGGCGCCGUUUUUAACCAAGUAUCGUUCCCCCUCAAAUAUACACCUAGGAAGUUCAUCAUUCAUCCAGAGUCCAACAAUAUCAUUGUCAUAGAGUCUGAACACAACGCCUACACUGAAGAAACGAAGAAGCAAAGGCGACUUCAGAUGGCCGAAGAAAUGAAAGAAGCCGCCAAUGAAGAAGAACAAGAACUGGCGAAAGAAAUGGCCGAAGCCUUUUUAAGUGAAGACCUUCCUGAAAGCAUAUUUUCCUCACCAAAGGCUGGCCACAGUAUGUGGGCUUCAACGUUGAGGAUGAUGGAUCCAGUACAGGGGAUAACGCAUAACAUGAUUAGUUUAGAACAAAACGAGGCGGCCAUGUCUAUUUGUCUGGUUAAGUUCCAUGGGCAACCUGAACAUCAAUGGUUUUUGAUUGUUGGAGUGGCAAAAGACUUCCAAUUGAAUCCCAGACAAUGUUCCUCAGGGUUCCUUGACACAUACAAAGUUGACGUAAUGGGUAGGGAAUUGAAGCUGGUUCACAGGACGCCUGUAGAUGAAGUGCCAAUGGCUCUUUGUUCAUACAAUGGAAGACUGUUGGCUGGAGUAGGAAGAAUGUUAAGGCUCUAUGAUAUGGGCAAGAAGAAACUGCUAAGGAAAUGUGAAAACAAGCAUAUCCCCAAUGCAAUUGUCAACAUCCAAGCCAUGGGUAAACGUAUUUUCGUCUCCGACGUUCAGGAGUCCGUCUUCAUGGUCAGAUACAAAAGAGCAGAGAAUCAGUUGAUUAUUUUUGCUGAUGACACACACCCAAGAUGGAUUACGUGUACCAACGUCUUGGAUUACGACACAGUCGCCACGGCAGACAAAUUCGGAAACAUCGCCAUCUUACGUUUGCCUCCCAAUGUUAGUGAUGAUGUGGAGGAAGACCCCACUGGUCACAAAGCCUUAUGGGACAGGGGGUUGCUUAAUGGGGCGUCCCAAAAAGCCGAUACUAUUGCUACAUUCCACGUGGGAGAGACUGUAACUUGGUUGCAGAAAGCAACGUUAAUUCCUGGAGGAUGGGAGUCUUUAAUCUACACCACACUUUCGGGAACAGUAGGGGUAUUGGUACCCUUCACAUCUCACGAAGACCACGAUUUCUUCCAGCACUUAGAAAUGCACAUGAGGAGCGAAAAUUCACCGCUCUGUGGGAGGGAUCAUUUAUCAUUUAGGAGUUAUUAUUAUCCAGUAAAGAAUGUAAUUGAUGGAGAUCUUUGUGAACAGUAUAACUCGCUGGAACCAGCGAAACAAAAAAGUAUUGCGGCUGAUUUAGACAGGACGCCAGCAGAAGUUUCCAAGAAACUUGAGGAUAUCAGAACCAGAUACGCUUUCUAAUUUUAAUUUAUUUUGUAUUGUAAUUUUUUUAUAAAUUUUGAAAUUGUGAUUUAUUUCGUUGUAUUUUUAUAAAUACUAAAAUAUCAGAAUUUU